UACCUCUAAAAUAAAGCAUAAUCAACCAUUAGGAACUAACAUCCGCUACAUAUCUCCACCAAAUUCUCUUCAUAAAACUCUUUCAAAACAAGAAAAACAAACCAAAUAAAAUUUAAAAUGACUCUAGCUGUCAUCAGCGAACAAACUUUGAUCGAGUUCGUCGAAGAUUCAAAUGCGUUCGACAUUUGUGUUAAAGAAAACUUUAAAUUGCUCGAUGUGGACGGGGACGGAGUGAUCUCAAGAGACGAGCUUUACAAUGGAUUUUAUAAGCUAAUGUCGUUAGAAACGAAACAAGAAAUUCAUAAUCUUUACGACGCGAUUUUGGAGAGAUUCGAUGAACAUAGAAAUGGAAGUAUUGAUGAAGAAGGGUUUAGGUGUUUGAUGAAGGAACUUAUGCUUGCAAUGGCUCGUGGGAUCGGUAAUUUUCCAAUUCUAAUGGUUCUUGAUACACAAAGCAUGAUGAUGAAGGCUGUUGAAUAUGAGCUUAGCAAGAAUUAAAAUUUUGUUUUUUGAUAGGAUUUUCUUUAGGUUUUAGCAAUAUUGAUCUUUAUUUUGUAUUGAAUCUUGAUCUUGCUUUUUUUCUUUUUGUUUGUGAUAAAAAUCGAAUUCUUGAUCUUGCUAAUAUAAUAUGCUGAUCGUGUA